AUGUUGAAUGCUCCCAACAAUUUCUCGAACGGUGGGGUACAAGUCUGGUUUUCUACUAAGCCACACACAUAUCUCCAGUACAUCGGCUAUGUCGACGCUGGCUGGGCCCCAGAACAUGCGACAUUCGGCGGCGACAGCGACUUCCUGAACAGUCCAUACUCGUUUGAACCAUGGAAACUUGAAGAGGUUGACGACCCCUGA